AUGGACAACACUCAGCGGCAGGAAACAUUCGGAAAGCUGCGUGAGCCAUGCGUCGAACUCAGCUCUAUAGGCCUCAAAUUCCGCGGAAAUCAAGCCACAGCAGUGGAGGUGUUCCAAGCCGUCGAACCGGUACACAAGGUUUUAAAGCAACUGGCUGCAAAGAAUGCCCUCGACGAAAAAUUAGCAGAAUACGCGUUCUUCCCGCUCACCCACAUAUUCAACGAUACGAACAGGUUAUCUGCACGAUGUCUGGAAUCCGCAGUGAAUUGUUUGCAGAUCUUGGUGGCCAAUGGUUGGCAGCAACGCCUGUCUCCAGCACUAGGCAAGCAGUUGAUCAUACUGCUAACGCUUAUAAUUGGAGGUUCGCCAAACCAAGGUGAUGGGAAGGAGCCUCUAAAACCAGAAGCAUCAGAAGAAUUGGCCGUUGCCGGGUUUGAUUCUCUGAGGACGAUAUUCAAUGUGUUGGAGGGUCCGGUGGCGGAGGAGACGAUUUUCCAUGAAAUCGGUACAGCUACGGUUGUUGAUCAGACGGUUUAUAUAUUACUCGAAGGUCUGGUUGAUGAGAGAUCGGAUGAGGUCUGCUUGGCAGCUGCCAAAGCCCUGCAAGCUCUUUAUGCUCGCAUUACGGAUCGCGUUGUGCUGGCCAGUAUUAUGCCACGUACUGUUUCAGCACUGACGAAAGUACUCAAGCCAACCACACAAGCCCGGCGAUCGUACAAGCUGCUCCAGACAUGCCUUGACAUUUUUACCGAAUUGGUUCGGGCCGUGCUGAAUGACUGUGUUGCCACCGCCACAAAAAGCGUCGUCUCAAUUCCGCCAGAGGAUGAUAAGCUGGUUCUAGAUGACUCUUGGUUGAAGGCAACGACGACACAAAUCAAACUGGCAUUAGCCAAUGUCAUUCAAGUUCGACGUCAUGAACGUCCCGAAGUACAGGACGCUUUAUUGAAUCUCUGCUUGAUGGUCAUUGAGGAGUGCCAGGCCACCCUUGACGACGCCAUGUCCUUGAUGGUGCAAACUGUUGUCGUUCUGGCGGAUCAGGAAGACCAGACACCCAAUAAAGCAUUCACGACGCUGGUCCACCUGGCCACGGUCUAUCCACCUGUGCUCGAGUCCCUCAAAGAAUCACUCCACACAUGGCUAACCUCUUUCCCCCGGAUCAUGCACAGCAACGAUGAAACAGCGAAACAAUGGGGAGUUCGACAAAUCUCAACAGCCUUUCAAGUCUUAUCUCAGGUUCAAUCAGGAUCAGACUUGCUCUCCAGUAGCCUUGCUUCUGGGUUAUGCGAUAGUGUUGGAGCGGCGAUCAAGGGCAACGAUGCUCUACAAUCUCUGGCGUCGCCGGGUGAUCUCAACCUUGCGGUGCUUCAAUUGAGUAACGAAACUAAAAGUUUCCCACCUGUAGUGAUGGGGCACACGAGCCAGCAGCAAACAUUGAAAGACCUACGCUCGAUGAUCAUCAGGCUCAACAGUUCGGGGUCUGGAAACGAUAUAACACGGGCAAUCGUCAGUCGCGUGCAUGCUUUAUCUGAUGAAUCCAUCAUUGCUCCAUUCUGGCUGUCCUUGACAUUCCUGAGAGACAAUUCGCACUUUUCCGCUGGAUUUGACGACUUUGUCUCUCUCGACCAUGUGGAGCAGCCACUCUCACUGUCUGCACGCUCUAGUAUGAUAGAAGAGCUGUAUUACACCUCUUUAACCAUAUUGAACGAACAGUCAGCCGGCGCAUCUCAAGACUGGCGUAUAUCAGCGCUAGCACUCGAGGCCAUUGCCCUUCAGGCACAGCAACUCGGCGAAGCAUUCCGGCCUGAGCUCAUGGAUGCUUUAUAUCCAACACUGCAACUGCUCGCAUCCAGCAACUCCAGUCUCCAACGGCAUGCCAUGACUUGCUUGAAUGUUUUGACGACUGCGUGCAACUAUGCAGACACAAGUUCAAUGAUCAUCGAGAAUGUGGAUUAUCUGGUUAACUCGGUAGCCCUCAAACUUAAUACGUUUGAUGUGUCUCCGUACCCUCCACAGGUUCUGUUCAUGAUGGUCAAACUGUGUGGUGGGCGACUUGUUCCGUACCUGGACGACCUGGUUGACUCAAUAUUCGGAAUCCUGGAUCUCUAUCAUGGCUAUCCAAAGCUUGUGGAGAUGAUGUUCAAGACAUUGGGCAGCAUAGUUGAAGAGGGGGCCAAGAAGAAGUCCCUGUUGACUAUCGAUGACGGCAGAGAUAGCAACCCUCACAGUCGUCGCAAGCCGUUGUACCAGCAGCUGUCUAUCUCUACUAUUGCCAAUGACAUUGCCGACAGGAAGGCCAGGCGCGCGAAGCACGCUAAAGAAGAGCUGGCCGACUCCGAAGGCAAAGUUUCACAUCCAAAGCAGCCCUGGUCCGAAACCUACAAACAACCACCGAAAGAGCCAGAGUCUGUGGAAGAGCUUCUGCAGCAAGCUGAGUCCGACGAACCAUUACCACCACCAAAAGAGCCUGAAGACAGCGAAAAGCCACUGAGCAAAACACACAACCUCCUUCUCCACAUCGUCAAAUCGAUCCCCUCCCACCUCUCCUCCCCAUCGCCUUACCUCCGACGCUCUCUCCUCUCAAUGCUCAUCGACGUGCUCCCUGUCCUGGCACAAAACGAAAACAGCUUCUUGCCUCUCAUCAACGACCUCUGGAACUCGGUCGCCACCCGAAUCAUCUUCCCUUCAUCAUUGACGAACGACUCCUCUUCAAAGACUCUCAUCCCGCGCACUUCGGCCACCGACAACACAUCACAGCCUGGCCAGCACGACAUCCAAGAAGAAACAUUCGUCAUCGCUGCGGCAUGCUCGGCCAUUGAAGCAAUGGCCAAAGGCGCAGGUGAUUUCAUGGCCUCGCGCAUUGAACCCGAGUUCCCGCGCUGGGAGCGUCUGUACCGACGCGUGUGGGAGAAAGUGCGCCGGGAUGCCGAAGCGGCCAAUGAGCGGCGGGUACGGCAUCAGAAGCAGCAGCAGCGCAGCGGUACACAGCCCUCAUCUACCGAGACUAAUCUAGAAUUGAACACGGCGCUGCUAUCAUCCCUCUCCCUCGCUCCCGCAAGCGCAAGUCGCGGAACAACGGGUCCCCGAGCCUUCACAUCGCAUCAUACCCUAUGGCGCGCAUUACUGUCACUAUUCAUAACAGUCCUCGCAUACGUCCGUCUUCCCGUCGCGGUGGGCGAUCAGAUCUGCGAGUUUGUAGUUUCGUGGAUUGUGCUGUUUGCCGGAGCAGAGUAUUACUUCGAUUCCACGCGGCGGGGUCGGCAGACUGCUGGGUCUGAGGAUCCUGUGCUUCUCCAGUCUGUGGAGGGUGCCAUUCAAACAAUGGAGGCCUGGAAUGCGGAUUUGACAUGGGUUCUGUUUGUGCAGCAUCGCUGUAAACAGCGCGGUGGAGGGACGCAGGAUCCGGUGUCCGUGGGAAGUGGUGAGAGCCAUGGGCUUUCGGUGGAGGUUUAUGGAGAGAAGGUUUCAUAUGCCGUCGUGGUGUUUUAG